ACGUGAGAGUCUGUUUACAGAAACUUAGUCUCUGUUGUGUUGGUGGUUGUUUUUCUGUUUAUGUAGCAGCUGCUAUGACCAGUUCUUGGAAUACUGUCAGGUCAGUAUUUUGGCUUGGUGGCCAUAACAGUAAGGUCUCUCAAGGGAUGUUGAGCUUUAGCUACUAACACUUGGAGCUUUACUUGCCACUUAUUGUACUUAUCAGUGAGUAGGUAUCGGUCCAAUUCUGCAAUUCAGUUCUUAAUGCUUCACACAGGGUUUUUUUUCAGUCUGAGAAACCUCGUCAGUGCCCAGUCAUGCUGAAAGAGCUGAAUGCCAGAAGCAUAAAGCCACACAACCCAUCAGGAUACAGGAGGUAAAAAUAGCCACUUCUAUAUUGGCAUGCUGAAAUUCCCUGCUACCAGCUGCUGAGUAAGAAAUCUUACAAGGGAAGAAUGUAGAGAACAAAACUGAAUAUCAAAGUUUCCCUAUGCCAUUUGUAAAGUCUCAGUAGGACAAAUACCAGCACUUUUAAAUUACCUAGUUUACAUAAGAUGCCUUUGUCAUUGCACAGUGUACACCAAAAUUGAUCAGCAGUCCAACAGCACUUUCUACAUGCAAAACAAUUAAACAUAAGGCUAAAAUAUAUGAAGUGCAGUUUUUAAGGGGGGAAAAAGCAUUUAAAAAAUCUUAAAUAUAAAGAAAAAAGGUCUAUAAAACUAUAUUCUCAAUAGACAAGUGAGGUUGCAGUUAUUGCACCUUCCUUGGAUAGCUUAUAGAGUCAUAUGAUAUUGCACACAGUAAGAAUUAUUGCACAGAAAGAAUAUAGGUUAUACAUUGCACACUCGAGAACAAAUGAAUGAUAAAUAGAACAGAGGUUCAGUUCAGAGUGGAACAGUGUAAAGUGUUCUCUGAAGUCAGUGCCUGUAAAGAGUUGUAGUGGUGUUCUGUGUUCUAUAGAAAGUCCUUGUCGGUGUGCGUGUUUGGAAGUGUUCAGUUCCCGUAUGGCUCUGGGGUAAAAGGGGUUUUUAAGUCUGCUUGUCCGGGAUGGGAUAGACCUAAAAUGUUUACCAGAGGGCAGCAGGUCAGACAGAUGAUGUCCUGGGUGAAAUGUGUCUUUCAGGAUGUUGGCUGCCCUGCUGAGGCAGCAGGAGCUGAACAGGUCCUCCAAGCAGGGCAGUGGGCAGCCGAUGAGAUCAUCUGGGCCAUGUUUAUGACCCCCCAUGACAUAAGCUAUAAAUGAAUUUAAUAGUCUUAAACAUCAGUGCCAUCUUGGCAAAGAUCAGGUUAAAUGAGUGUUCAAGAUGGCUCAAAUCAUAACGUAAAUACUAUAUGCCCCAUUCUGUUUUGGAUGUUGUGGUGCAAGUUUGGCCCUUUUUGAUUGCACACUCUUCAGUAUGGUAUGACAUGGUCUGUAACAUCUCUUUCCCAGCCAAAGUUAUUAUACCAGGUCCUGACUGGUAAUUUGAGCACUGUAGCCCACCCGGUUUGCUGUAUACACACAGCCUCUAAUCUGCAAUUCCCCUCCCCCACCAGCCUGGUUAGCCCCUCUGCAUGCCUGAUGCCAUCUCCUGAUUUAGACCCUGCAACGGUACUCUAGGCUCUGGGGGACUAGAGCAGAGUUGGAGCAUGGUUAUUACACAGCAGUAUAGUCAGUAAAGACUUCCACUGACCCACACUCUCAGCCUCACCUCUGAGACCCUAACCAGAGACAUGGACCCUGUCCCUGAGAUUCCCUUCACGGAAGAUGAGGGGCUUACAAUGAGGAGGACAGAGUCAGACUGACCGACCUGCAGCAGGGUUCUCCUCCGCUGCCUUCUUCUACAGAACCUGCUCGAGAUCCUGAUGAAGACGUCUACACCAAGUUCUUCAUGAACCACUGCUGUUAUGACGCCAUUCCAACCAGCUCCAAACUGCUCAUUUUUGAUACAACACUGCAGGUGAAAAAGGCGUUCUUCGCCUUAGUUGCUAAUGGAGUCAGAGCUGCACCUUUAUGGGACAACAGGCAAAAGUGCUUUGUAGGAAUGCUUACUAUAACAGACUUUAUUAACAUUCUCCACCGAUAUUACAAAUCACCCAUGGUUCAGAUCUAUGAGUUGGAAGAGCACAAGAUUGAAACCUGGAGAGCUCCUGUCUUCUCUCCUGUUCCAGAGGUCUACCUUCAAUAUUCCAUCACUUCUCUGAUCAGCAUCACCCCUGACUCCAGCCUCUUUGAUGCCAUUUACUCCUUACUGAAGAACAAGAUUCACAGGCUGCCUGUCAUAGAUCCAGAAUCAGGGAAUGUUCUGCACAUAUUGACCCACAAACGCAUCCUGAAAUUCCUUCACAUCUUUGGUUCCAUGAUCCCAAAGCCACGAUUCUUACAGAAGAGAAUUGAGGAGGUUGAAAUAGGAACCUUCAAGAAAAUCGCCACAGUCCAAGAGACAGCCACGGUUUAUGAUGCAUUAUCAAUAUUUGUUGAGCGACGAGUAUCAGCCCUGCCCGUUGUAAAUGAACAGGGGAAGGUGGUGGCACUCUACUCCAGAUUUGAUGUCAUUAACCUGGCUGCACAGAAAAAUUACAAUAACCUUAACAUGACCAUGCGAGAAGCAAUUGAGGGCCGCUCGUGCUGCGUUGAAGGAGUGCUGAAAUGUUACCCACAUGAGACUCUGGAGACCAUCAUCAAUCGCAUAGCUGAAGCAGAGGUUCACCGUCUAGUUUUAGUAGAUGAAGAGGACACAGUUAAGGGAAUCGUCUCACUGUCUGACCUGCUGCAGGCAUUGGUCCUGACUCCAGCAGGUAUUGAUGCUCUUUUCUCUUAACACCUGUGGAGAAGUGAUCUCUCCACCACCUUCCCACAGUCUUCUUGUCCCAGGUAGGCAGGGUUCCCUUCCUCGCUGUAGCUGCCUGUGUUUUCAGCCUGCUUGCCAGCUAGUAGAGAUGAACUGGCACUGUUACUUCUGCUUGGCUGCCAUUCCAUUAUGCGUCCCUCCAAGGCUGAAGUCAGUAUGCAGGAAUUAUUAGGCUACUGUUGAACCACUGGAUUUCAUUUUGAACUGAUCAACUGGGAACAUCUGGAAUGAUCAAAGCAAGAAUCUGCACUGGGAUUCAUGUCUGUUGACCGACUCAAUGCAAUUGUCUGAUUACGAGAUUUUUUUUUUGUCUAAUACAAUGUAUGUUUUAUAUUUUUGGUGGAAGAGUAUGUCAGAUAUCACUUUGCUGGGCAAGGUUGCUCUGUGUUGCUAUUGCUGAUGCGUGUUAGUGUACGAGUGCCCAUGUAGGGUGCUUUUUUUUUUUGUAACAGAGAUGCAGAGAUCCUAGAUCAGCACUCCUACUCUGAAAUACUUUGUUAAUACAGCUUCUAGACUGCAUGAGGUAUGCUAGUCAUUGAAUGUCUUUAUACUGCGUACAAACAAGGUUAAUAUGCCAAAGAAGCAACUAUAUCAAUACACUGAAUGAUUACAAUAUUGAGUAUUAGGCAAAUAAUAACUGAUCAAUGAGAUCAUCGGUGUAAUUUGUUUUUUCAUGCAAUUCUAUUUUCCAGAGAUUUCAUCCAAAGCAGACUAAGACCUUUAAGGACAAUAUGCAAUGGAUCAUGGAUGAAGAUUUAAAUUGUAUAUAAGUAAUGCAGCCUAGGUUGAGUUUUUAUAUAUUUCUUUGUGUAUAUUUGUAUAGAUUUAAUUAUGAUAUAUACAUAAAAUGUACAGUGUAUUUGUAUAAUUUCUUAAGAAAAAUGCUUUUGUUGCAUCAGCAUUCAUAUCAUCAAAUCACAAAGACUUUACAGUAGAGUGGGAAACCUUUAAUGAAAACCUUUAACCUAAAAUAUUAAAGUUAAUGUAAAAAGAUUUUAUUCCAAGCUAUUUUAUUGGUUCGUUCAUCAUGAAAUUUUCACAUAAUGUAAAAGCCAUAAUGUAAAGAGCUGAAAUGAUGUAAGAAUG